AAUGAUUUAGAUAUGAAAUUUGGUCAAAAUCUAUUAAAACGUUCGUAGACCAAUUAAAAGAGACGAUCUUAUUCUCCUUUAGUUCUUCUCUGGUCAACUUCAUCUCUUCCUUUUCACCUGAAACAAACACACUCUAACUGUAAAGAAAAUAAUUCCAAGAACCAACAGUAUACCAUCAAAAUUUGAGAAAAUAGCAGAAAAUUUGAGAGACAGAGAGAAUAAGAGGAAGCCACCGCCGGCCGCCGCAAGACCGUCCAAUUCUCUGCUGCCGUGCGAGCUACGUAUCUCCGCGCCGUCGCCUUCCAUUCUAUCGGUUUCCCAUGCUGCUGUUGUGGAGCUUCAGCGUACUAUUACUUCCUAGUUGCAUAGAUACUUCUUCACAAGGUGCAAAUUAGGGUUAGUGACCAUGAGUAUUGAUUAUUUCAAGCAGGACAUUGAUGAACUUAUAGCUCAAUUCAUUCAGGAUGAGUCAAAAACUUUGGCUGAUAUGAAGAGAAUAUGGAUUUCUAAGAAGUUUUCCUUCAUUUAUGAAGCAUGUCCUUCUACCAACUUGGCCUUCUUUAUGCAAUCUUUGUAUGCUCAUUGUAUAGGUUACAUGGUUAGCACUGGUUCUUUGUCACACAGAUUGGGCGGCCUUUAUUGCCUCUACUGUCUUUACGAGACUCAACCAUUCAAGCCUCCUUUUAAGGUGUAUAUAUCCCUUGGAGAGUUAAAGAAUCUUAGAAUCCUUGUUGUUGAUGCAAAGGCAAAUGAUAUUGGAGUGGUGCCUGUGCUAGUCAAAAGAAUGCUGGAAAGAAACAUGUUCCUUUUUGGAGCUGUUGACUUAAUGGAAAGUUCUGUCACAGAAACAGUAAAUCAACUCCAACAAUUACAGAAUGCUCGUAUUCAAGUUGCAUAUGAAAAGUUAUUUGAAAGCACUCCAAUUGAAAACUAUGUCCGCAUGGACCUUGGAAUGGAAGUUGAUCUCAAUUUGCUGAAGAAAAUGUCAGCUGAAUAUGCUGAGGCCAAGAAUGUAGCUAUUAAAGCGAGCGGUAUAUUGGACGUCCAAAAUAUAAAACACAUAUCAGAAGACAAGGAACUGAUAGGAGAUGUUGUGGAGAAGAUUGCUGAUGAUUGGCAUGUCCAGAAACAAACAUUUUAUAAACAAACAGGAUUGGGGGAGGAUGAUAGAUAUGAUCUGGAGCUGGAGCAAUUACUUCUACAGCAGUUUGCAGAUGAUGAUGAUGAGCAUAAUCAAGACUGAAGCCAAACAUCUGAGUCGUAGUUUCUUGUGUACAGGGAAUUUUGUAAUAUUAAGUUAUAGCCAUUUUUUUUUAUACAUUUAUAGCCAUGUUUUUAUUGCACAUCAUUUCACAAAAGCAUACAUAUUUUUAGAAGAUUUAAAGUC